AAAAUACUCCAGAUGUCAGGCUCCAGAUCCCUCGAUCUGUUUCUGUGGGAGAUUAGAGGUGUGCUAUAAAAGCGUCCGGCAGACACACUGGACACGAGCUGACCAGAGACGCAGAAGAAGCAGCAGAAACUCCAGCACACGUAAGUGGCAGAUAUGGACGCCCCUGCACCUGCUGAGAAGAGAGGACCCCCAAAGUUCAAGCAGAGGACCGCUCGCACCUUCAAGAGCAAGGCUCCCAAACCCGGACAGAAAGGCUUCGGAGACGACAUCCCUGGAAUGGAGGGUCUUGGCACAGACAUCACUGUGAUCUGCCCCUGGGAAGCAUUCGGAGACAUGGAGCUCAGCGAUCUGGCAAAGUUUGGGAUCGUGUAGCACCUCAUCCAUCCUCCUGAGAUCAGUUUCUAGAAUCAUCUGUUCACUCCAGACUGAACCAGCAACAGAUGCUCUCAGCCCAACACACACAGAAGAUGGGACGUGAUGAAUAAAUUAGGGAAUAAGGACUCUCUCUCUCAGGAAUCGACCUCAAGAGCCACAACAUCAUUCAGUCUCUAAUGCUGUAGCAAAAUACAGAACUGUACAAAUCAACUUUAUAUUUUUGAACAGUAAAUAUGAUUGUGUUUUUGUCUGAAUCAAUCCAUCACGGUUGAUUAAAAACCAUUGAUUUGACAGUAGAACACAAAAAUAAAAUUUUAUUUUCCCAUAAA